AUGCAAUCAAAUUGUAUCAGAGAAGCAUCAAGAGCCUGUUUCAAUAAUUGUUGCUCAAAUCCUUUGCUUGGCUUGCCAGAGACUCGAAAUUCGCCCAGUAAGGUAACAAGCAGUGGUAUCGAUCCUCAACACGAAUUUACAACUGCCAUACUUGCCUCUAUUCAACCAAAUGGCAAUUUUACUAAUCACGAGUCCCUUCCUUCGUCGAUAGAAUUGUUUUCUUGCCUCGAAAAUGCAUAUCCAUACUACUCGAAUACCGUUCUUGCUGAUAAUAUUCGAGCUCAAGAAUACAAUCAUCUCGUGGUCUCGAAUCAUGUGUGUCUUGAUUAUAUAGGCCAUGGUCUUUUCUCCUAUUCCCAGCAGCAGGGACAUAAUCUCACGACUGAAAUUGCUUCUUCUUCUUCUACACCUACCCCUCUAAGACCUUCUGAUUCACCGUUCUUUGACAUUUCAUACAAGUCGGUGAAUUUGAACUCUUUCUUGUUAUAUGGUGGUCAAGAAUCAGAAUUCGAAUCCUCGGUGCAAAAAAGAAUCAUGAAAUUCAUGAAUGUCUCGGAAGAGGAUUAUUACAUUGUUUUCACAGCCAACCAGUCAUCAGCAUUUAAGCUUCUAGCAGACUCUUAUCCUUUUCAGUCUAAUCAGAACCUUCUUACAGUAUAUGAUUAUGAGAAUGAGGCAGUGCAAGUGAUGAUCGAGAGCUCUAAGAAAAAAGGCGCAAGACCAAUAUCAGCAGUGUUCUCAUGGCCUAAUUUGAGGGUCAAUUCCAGAAAGCUCAGAAAACUCAUUGUGAAUAAGAGGAAGCCAAGUAAUCGGGGUUUAUUUGCUUUUCCUCUUCAGUCGAGGAUGACUGGAGCGCGAUAUUCUUAUCAAUGGAUGAGCCUGGCAAGGGAAAAUGGAUGGCAUAUUUUGCUGGAUGCCUGUGCAUUAGGAGCGAAGGAAAUGGAAACAUUAGGCCUCUCUCUGUUUCAACCUGACUUUCUCAUUUGCUCAUUUUACAAGGUUUUUGGUGAAAAUCCAUCGGGGUUUUGCUGCCUUUUUGUUAAGAAAUCCAGUGUCUCGGACUUAUGCAAAUCCUCCACAAGCAUGGGAAUUGUCAGCCUACUGCCAGCAAAUGAAUCGUUUGAACAAUUAGCCUUUGCCAAGGCAGAAACCGAACAAGAAACAUCAAUGUCACAGCUAGAAACCGAAGAAACUCCUGAACAAGUUCACAUGAAGCUGAAAGAAUCAUCAGUUUCUGAAAUUAUAGAGGUAGAUGAAACCCCUCAAACAGCACAAUCAAGAAACCAAGAAUCCAAUGCCGGUAGAACCUCAGAAAGAAUCGAAUGCCGGGGUUUGGAUCAUGCAGAUUCACUAGGCCUAAUACUGAUCAGUAAUAGAACAAGAUGCCUUGUAAACUGGAUGGUGAACGCGUUAAUGUCUCUUCAGCACCCACAUUCAGAAAAUGGGCUCCCCUUGAUCAGAAUCUACGGGCCAAAAAUAAUGUUAGAAAGAGGGCCAGCAGUUGCAUUCAAUGUAUAUGACUGGAAAGGAGAAAAAGUUGAUCCCACUCUUGUACAGAAGCUAGCUGAUCGAAACAACAUUUCUGUUGGUUGCGGCAUUUUAACAAACAUCUGGUUCUCAGAAAUUUACGAAGAAGAGAAGCAUAAAAUGUUGGAAACAAGCAGUACAAAUGAAGAAUCUAAGAAGAAAGACAAGAAAUCGUACGGGAUUUCUGUGGUAACUAUUUCAAUUGGGAUGUUAACGAAUUUUGAUGAUAUGUAUAGAAUCUGGACAUUUGUUUCGAGGUUUCUUGAUGCAGAUUUUGUGGAGAAAGAACGAUGGAGAUACACUGCUUUAAAUCAAACAACUGUUGAGGUGUAG